AUGCAAACGAGUAACUAGAAUCUUUAUAAUCUUUGUAGGACCAACUUAACGACCAAUUUGAUUUAUUAGUACUUAAAUUUUAAUCAUAUUCGAAGGCUAAUUAAUCGUGGAUUCCAAAAAAAUUUUUAUUUCCAAACUUCAUCUUUAAUUAAUAGCCUUGAGUAUCUAUUUCAUUCGAUGCAGAUAGAAAAUAGGAUGAUUCCAUGUGGAUACUUCUUUUAGGAUGGAAGGAUGAGUAAUCUAAUUUGGGAAUAUAAUUUUGUUCUUUCAAGGGCAUCAAUAAAUGAAGAUGAGAUUGCCAUGAAAUUUUCUAAAGAUAAGGAUUUAUCUUUGAUGUGCUUUUUGUGUUCCAUAUAGUAAAAAUAAAACAAUUUUCUUAAGUAAUUUUAUUAGGUUUUGGUUGAUGAGAAAGUGGCUCCAAAAUAGUUAAGUUUCAUUUCUGACGCUGGUAUUCCAUGCUUUUAUUAGAAAUGA